AUGCCUUCCACGCACAACUCUUCCUUAAAUCCUCCAGCCGGACUCCGGCUCCCUCUCCCUUUCCCCACACUUGUUCCUUCUCCAGGAGCCGCUGCCCCUGCCAUUCCCAGCGAGACUAGAGAGCCAAAUAAAAACGAGGGGAAAAAAAUAACAAAAACAAAACCCAACAAACACACAAACAAGACAGACAAAAAAAAUACUGGCGGCUGCCGACACCUCGGGAGCGCUCUGCUGGGCGAGGGUGCUCUGCAGAGGGGAGAUAAGGAAGGGAAAGCGGCCGUGAGCGGGGACCAGCCGGGGCUGGAGUUUGGCAAACUGCGUCCCCCCUGCCUGCCCGCUCUCCGGCGGCCGCGGCUCCCGCGGGGCCGGACCGUGGAGCGGCGGUGCCGGGGUGCCCGGGGUGCCCGGGGUGCCCGGGGUGCCCCGCACUCACCUGCCCCGGCGGGAGGCGAGCGGGCGAGCGCUGCCGCAGCAGGCACUGCCGGCCGGCGGGGAAGUGGGAAGCGCCCGGGCGGCUCCUGCUCGCAGCCUGAGGAAGAGGAGCGCAACUCAGCGGCAAUAAGAGAGGCCGAGGAACCGCCGUCUCCCAAGCCCCAGUCCCCUCCCCCUCCCCGCCCUCCUCCUUCUCCUCCUCCUCCUUCUCCUCCUCAGCCCCCCAAGACAUCGGCAGCGCGGAAGAACGAACAAACAAACACGGCAAGCCCUAGCUCUGGCACUCAGCCGAGGCGGGGACUGGCGAAGGGGAACGCGGGGAGCGCAGGGGGGCGAGAGGCCCCCGCCCCGGCAGGUAGAGCCGAUGCGGGCGGCGGCACCACCUGCGCCCGCCGCCCCGCGGGCUCCUGCGCGGCCCCGCCAGCCCUGCCCUGCCGUGUCCUGCCCGCCCUGCCCUGCCGUGUCCUGCCGUGCCCUGCCCGGCCGCCCCCGUCGCCCCGGCCCCACACACAGACACGCACGCAUCCCUGCCCGCCUCGCGGCUCGCCCGCCUCGGGUACCCCGCGGGAUCCCUGCCCCGUCCCUUCCCGGGCCAUCCCCUCUGCCACCUUUCCCUCCUCCGCCACCUUCUACCCCUUCCAACACUCUUUUUUUGUUUCGUGCGAGAGUGCGUGUCCCUCGAAGUCCCUGUCCUUUCCCCAUUGGGACACCGCCAUUCCUUCUUGUCCUAGGGGAAGCAGGCUGUGUUGA